UGCCAUUACAAGCAAGCUGAUUGGAUCGUAGACGGAAGCCGUCUCAUGGCUGUAACUGAAAAACUUCCGCCUUGUUGAGUUGUGAAGAAACCAUUGCAGCUAGCGACUAUUCACCAAUCGCCGAACGAACUUGCCGAUUGAAGAACUCACAAGAAAGGUUCCUAACGCUCUGGGGCCUGUUGGAUUCACGUUGUGUGUCUGUGUGGGUGGGUGAGUGUAUGUUUGAGUGUGUGUGAGUUGCUGCCUGCUUGUGCUGCACCUGUUUACUGAGCGCAGUUCCUCCUGGAGGAUGACAAUGGAGGAGAUGAAGAACGAAGCGGAGACAAGCUCCAUGGUUUCCAUGACACUAUAUGCUGUGAUGUACCCAGUGUUCAAUGAGUUGGAGAGAAUCAACCUAUCAGCUGCUCAGACAUUGCGGGCAGCCUUCAUCAAGGCCGAGAGGGAGAACCCAGGUUUGACCCAGGAUAUUAUCAUGAAGAUUCUGGAGAAGAAGAAUGUCCAGAUCAACUUCACUGAAUCCUUACUGCGCAUGGCUGCGGACGAUGUGGAAGAGUUUAUGAUCGACCGUCCCGAAAAGGAGUUUCAAGACCUGAACGAGAAGGCCAGAGCUCUGAAACACAUCCUCAGCAAGAUUCCAGAUGAGAUCAAUGACAGAGUACGCUUCUUACAGACCAUUAAAGACAUUGCCAGUGCCAUAAAGGAAUUACUGGACACAGUCAACAACGUCUUUAAAAAAUACCAGUACCAGAAUCGCAGAGCCUUGGAGCAUCAGAAGAAAGAGUUUGUGAAAUACUCUAAAAGCUUCAGCGACACCCUCAAAACAUACUUCAAAGACGGGAAGGCGAUAAAUGUGUUCAUCAGUGCAAACCGGCUCAUCCACCAAACCAACCUCAUACUGCAGACCUUCAAAACUGUGGCCUAGCCCAGGAGACCACAUCCCAGCUUCCCAGAAGGCAAACAUACAAAAUGGUGGCCUGUUGAAGCGUACAUGUAUAUGUAAUAUAGAAGAGUUGAUUUUAGGGCAGGGGUUAGUUUUUAUUCCAUUCAUUCAAAUUCCAGAGACUAAAAAGUGCAAUUUGUUUUUGGCAAGGCUUUUUCAAGUCUUGAGAUGGAAUUUAACUGCUCCUGUCUGGUUGAUUUUAAUUUAUAACCCUGGUAUAGUUGGGAAAUAGGCGAGGUGUUUAAUUAAAUACCAAUUGCCUUUUUUCUAAUAUAUUCAUGUGAUUAUUUUACUUUGUGUUUCAAUUGUGAUUUCAAAGUCACACAACCGUGGGAGAAUUUUUGGUCCAAAGUGAUAUCCUCCACUCGGCCCCCUCCUUCCAUUACACUGAUCUGUUAACACAAGAUAGGCAAAAGUAACGGGCUAAGUGGCCACUUGUUACGCUGUGUCCCGUGACUGUAGUGCAGAUGAAGGACAGGAGAACAGGAGAGGAUAAAACAGUAGGCUCAACAGAUUAAAUUGCUUCCCUUCAUCCAACAACAGAAAGCCUAUAUACUUCAGCACAGCGUGCGCCUUACCAAGUCCUGUAGCAUUCCCUUCUCUCAGGAGAGGGCAAUCAGUCCCUGCUGUUCAAAGACAGCAAGAGAAAUUCAAGUCCUGUAUUUAAUUGAUAUCUGAUUGCAAAUAUUCAAUAAAUAGUUUCCAAAUGGUUA